ACGGCCGUCGUGUUUUCGCUAAAUUUCAGGUGUCUCAAAUCGAUUUUUUAAACAAAACCCUAGGAUAUACUCAAAGAACUGAAUUAACCGGUGGUAAAAAUGGACGCUUUACAAGAUGAAGUGGAGUCGCUGGAAGCUAUCCUAAUGGACGACGUUUGCAUCAAACGUACGCCCAGCGGCGAGGUGGAGCUGAUCGAGACCACAGUGUUGCCUCUAACCGGCGAAGAGGAGGAGCAGCAAUACGUGUGUGUCACCUUACAGGUACACCCGACACCUGGAUAUCCGGAAGAGAGUCCCACAUUCAAGCUUCUGCGCCCACGGGGAUUGGACGAUGCCCGCUUGGAAGCCAUCCGGAGUGCUUGCAAUGCCAAGAUCAAGGAAUCCUUAGGCUUUCCGGUCGUCUUCGACCUAAUCGAAGUGGUCCGAGAGCACCUAAGCGGCAGCAAUCUUCCUAGUGGCCAGUGUGUAGUCUGCCUCUAUGGAUUCGCCGAUGGAGACGAGUUUACCCGCACCGAGUGCUUCCACUACCUGCACAGCUAUUGUUUGGCCCGUCAUCUGAAUGCCCUGCGUCGCAACUAUCAGGAGGAGUUUGACAAGUUACCCGCCUGGUUACAGAAGACGGCUGAUCCCUUCCAGGCCUUGUGCCCUGUAUGCAGGGAGCACAUCGGCGACGAAACUGAUAGUCUUAAAUGCGCCAUGCCACCAUCCGAGUUGCUGAAUGCUCCGGACUUUAAGGUUACUGAGGAGCUGCGUCAGAUGCAGCAGCGUAUGUCGGAGCUCUAUCUCCAGCAAAAGAGCCGCGGCGCCAUUAUCGAUGUGAAGUCCGAGGGAACCGGCGUGAUUUCUAUCGAGACGGAGGAGGACAUCAGGCGCAGGCGGCGCCGCGAAGAGGCCGAGGCAGCCAAGAAGCUAGAGGGGCCGACUAAAGAGGAGGCUAUCAAACCAACAACUAGUUCCACAUUUGCGCCCGUGGUGCAGGAAACUCAACGCAUCAUGCCAGAGCCAACUAACAACAACUAUCACCACAAUCGACGUCAUUAUCGCGGUGGCAGGCGUCACCAUCAUCAUCAUCAGCAUGGACACCAUCAUCGGGCAGAAAGGGAUCGAGAGCAGAAUGCGGCUGCGGCUCAAGCCACGGCCGGUGGCUCUACAUCGAAUACCGGGACCGGCAAGCAGGCAAAGGCCCAGUCAGCCAGCUCCGGGCAUGCCAGGUGACGAUGGCUUCCGGAAGAGAUGGGGAUCCGGAUACCCAUUGCGUUGCCAUGCUGCUAAUACACAAUGAAGCACCAACCCAAACGGCCCAGGUUUAAUUUCGUGAGGCGCACUCGUUUCUGUGAAUUUUUAAGUUCGUAUGUUCGUAUAUAUUUAUGUUUAGUUAGCUUUAGCGAGCCGGGUUAGCUAAUUUGGAUUAUAUUUAAUAAUGAUAUUUAGUUGUACCUUAACUAUAAUGAUAUUUGUAAUGAUUUACAAAAGACUUGCGGCACCAUGCCGAGCCGAUAUUAGUAGGGCCUUUGAUAGCUAGAGCGUAGAGCAGCAUGUAUUUAGCAGCACCAACUGGCAGCGCUGGCGUUGACGUGAUGACACCCUAACAUUGUGAGGAUCAAGGAGACGAUGACCGUAUUGAUAUCCACUUACGCAUAAAACUGCAACUGCACUUCGAAGUUUAGUAUAAAUAGUUUCCUCUCUGGCAGCCUAUAGCACAAAGAAACGUAAGAACCCCAGCUUGUUCUUGACUUAGUUGGACGAUUGAAGUUGGAGCGGCAUUUCUAGUCAGUAAAUGGAGAGUGUGGUCAGGAGGCAGUCGAGGAGGAGAAACCCGAAACAGGGCAUUUGCAUUAGCAUGCAUGCACACACAUAUUUAAAUAUCACAAUUAAUUGAGUGUUUGUAGGAAACCGAAUAGUGAUCCGCACGGAUCGAUCAUGGUAUUAUAUCGAAAAUUCAAUUUCAAUGUGUCAAAUAAAAUACUACGAUUGAGAACUUAAACCAAUAAAUCAAAUUCGGAAAUCAA